AUGGCUAUAUCAUCAGCGUCAUCGUCAAUGCAAGAUAUGUUCAAACAACGCAAGUAUCCAUUCAUCUUCUCUUUAUUCCUUUUACUAAUGUUCGUAACUCUCCUCCUCAUUUCUAACUCCCAGAAAUCACCCAUUUUCGCUGCCAUCAACUUUGCUCAACGCACCGCUCUAAUCAAAUCAGUCCCGGAGUUUAAUCCUAACAGUAUUAGUACUUCAACUUCAACCAAUUUACACCAAUCCGAUGAAAACAAUAAUACUAGUAUCAAUCAUGAGUCCCCGUUGAAUAAUGUCAGGAUUGAUCCUAAGUCGUCUAACAUUCCGCUUACAAUUAACCCUGAGAAGUCUGAUACGAUCAUCAGCGAUGAGUUGGAAACAUUCUCUUAUCAUUGGAAGCUAUGCCCAGGUCCACUGGCGGUUGAUUACAUACCAUGCCUUGAUAACUGGAAGGCAAUCAAAAAAAUAAAAUCGAGAAGGCAUAUGGAGCAUAGGGAAAGGCAUUGCCCUGUUCCUAGUCCCAGAUGUUUGAUUCCAUUGCCGAAAGGUUAUAAGUUGCCCCUUCCGUGGCCUAAGAGUAGGGAUAUGAUAUGGUAUGACAAUGUUCCUCAUCCUAAGCUUGUGGAAUAUAAAAAAGACCAAAAUUGGGUGAAAAAGUCUGGUGAUUAUUUUGUUUUCCCUGGUGGUGGAACACAGUUCAGGGACGGAGUGAAUCACUACAUCGAAUUCAUUGAAGAGACUUUUCCAACAAUUCAAUGGGGAAAGAGUAUAAGGGUCCUUUUAGAUGUUGGAUGUGGUGUUGCUAGCUUUGGUGGUUAUUUGCUGGAUAAAAAUGUCAUUACUAUGUCAUUUGCUCCAAAGGAUGAACAUGAGGCUCAGAUACAGUUUGCCCUCGAGCGUGGAAUCCCUGCUACUCUCUCAGUCAUUGCAACUAAAAAACUUGCAUUUCCAGAUAAUGUAUAUGACAUGAUUCAUUGUGCAAGAUGCAGGGUUCAUUGGCAUGCAGAUGGAGGAAAACCGUUGAUGGAGCUCAACAGGAUUCUUAGGCCAGGAGGGUAUUUCAUAUGGUCUGCAACGCCAGUUUAUAAGAAGGAUGAAGGACAUAAGAAUGUCUGGAAAGUUAUGGUUAAUCUGACUGAAGCAAUGUGCUGGAAGAUGGUGGCAAGGACCUUCUUUAAAAGGGGUAGAGUCGGGUUAGUUAUAUAUCAAAAAUCAGAUUCAUCUUCCUGCUAUGAGAAUCGCAAAGAAAAUAUUCCCCCUAUGUGUGACCAGAAGAAGAAUAGGCUGAAUAGUUCAUGGUACACACCACUGGACAGCUGCCUUCUACCACUAGCCUCGAGUAACUACAAGUGGCCUGCACCAUGGCCUCAGAGGCUCAACACGAAACCUCUAAGUCUAUCGCUCGAAACAGAUGCUGAAGAGACAUUCAACAAGGAUACAAGACACUGGGCAUCAUUGGUAUCAGAUGUAUACUUAGGAGGCCUUGCUAUAAAUUGGUCAAGUGUGAGGAAUGUGAUGGACAUGAAUGCAGGCUAUGGAGGAUUUGCUACAGCACUGAUUGAUCGACCCCUGUGGGUAAUGAAUGUUGUUCCUAUCAGUGGACCAGAUACUCUACCUAUUAUCUUCGAUAGGGGCUUGGUUGGCACGUACCAUGACUGGUGCGAGUCCUUCAAUACCUAUCCUCGGACAUAUGAUCUUCUACAUUCCAGCUUCCUCUAUGGAAAUUUAAUCCAAAGAUGUGAUCUAGUGGAUGUCGCUGUGGAGAUGGACAGAAUGGUGAGACCAGGUGGAUACAUUUUAGUUCAAGACACUAUACAGAUGAUUAAACAACUAGGCUCGAUUCUACGUUCACUUCAUUGGUCAGUAACUCUGCAUCAACAUCAAUUUCUUGUUGGUAAGAAAGACUUUUGGCGCCCCAAAGAUGUUGCAAGGGAAUGAAAGUCCAAGCAGUUUUGUAUAUUUUACAGUGAUAUCUCCAGUUUAUGAGUGAAGAGAAAGAAAAGUAGACAUAUAUAUAGUUCUCAACAAGUUAUAGCAAAUUUUCUUCUGAAUCUAUCCUAUUGAUUCAUUCAUUUCCCCUCAAGGAAGUAUUGAAAUGAA